UCUUUUUUAAAAAAAAAUUGUUGUAAACAUAAACGGGGCUUCAAUUAUACACACAUGGACUCAGUCAAAAGGGCUUUAUGUCAUUCUCCUUUUUCCAUCAAUAAUGAAGUUCAUUUGGUUGACUAUUGUCAGCUUGUUGGCAUUCAUCACGCUCACUCAAGCGUAUAUUACUCAACUCACCGAUGAAAACUUUUCUGAUCUUGUAGAAAAGGACGAUGAAUGGCUUAUUGAUUUUUAUGCUGAUUGGUGUGGAUUCUGUAAACGUCUUGAGCCAAAGUUUCAAGCAGCCGACCGUUUGUUGGGCAUGAGCUCACACAAGCACGUCAAAUUGGGUAUGGUCAAUGUCGAGACUAAUCCCGGUUUAGCUGCUCGUUUCUUUGUGUCUCGUUUGCCUACUGUGGUUCAUGUCAAAGAUCAUGAAGGUAAAAAAAAAUAUAAAGUGCCUGUAUUCAUGAUGUAUAUAAGUUCGUGUCUUGCCUUCGACAAGAAAUGAAAAUGACAUGAUUUCGUUUGUUACUUUGGAAGAAUGGCGUCAAGUAGCCCCCAAGUCAGGCUUCAUUUCGCCUUUUAGUUUAUUUGGUAAAUUGGUUGGAUUUGCGGGUAAAUUUGUCAAAGCAUUAUCAGGUUACUCUCCUUGGACAUUAAUAGGUGUCUUGACUGGCUUCUUGGUCUUU